GAAGAAGAAGAAGAAGAAGAAGAAGAAGAAGGAAUAGAAGAAGAAGAAGAAGAGGAAGCAACAAAAGACCAACGGAACUGUGACUGACCGACGUAAACCGGUUCCAUGAAUUGAAUCUCGCCAGAUAUCGACUCGACGAUUGAAGCAACCCGAUCGAGGUUUUGCAAUUUUAUCAAUAAACAAAUCUUUACAUCGUCAAUCAACAAGAUUGAAACUGCUGCCGACAAAGGAUCUUUCUCACAGAAAGGAAGACUACAGUCUGAGUAAAAUCAAGUCUAGAAAUAUUAUAUUACGAGUAUCACAUUCGCGGAAUCCAUGCGUCAGACUGACCCGGGUGUAGUCGAGACGCUCGUCCGAUGGGACUUUGGUAGCCAUCAGUACCAGUUGAGGAGUACGAGUGAAUGGUCAGUUGAUUAACCUGAACGAGGUGGUUCGAGUCGAAGUCGCCAAGUCGAGAGAAUCGAAUUCGAUCGUUGUCUGCGGUGUCUUAUGGCCUACGCGUCUGAGAAAAUGCGUCUGUUUAUUGUAUUCGCCGUGAUAUUCGGCACGAACAACGCUUUCGUCUUAAGCGCCUGGCCGGAAAUUCCAAGCUUCAUGACGAACAUGUUGACGUCCUCUUCGCGCUCAACGACGCCCGCGCCGCCCAGCGAGAGUUACUGUCCCAGCUGCGCGCAAAAUAAAAUCGUGAUCAAUAACGACCCGCUGACCGAGCAGAGAGUGGAGUACGUGAAGCAGCAGAUCCUGAAGAAGCUGAGGCUGUCGAAGCCGCCCGAGGUCUUGAUGCCGCUGUCGACCUUGCCGAAGCCUCUGAUAAACGGCAAUGUGCUCGAACUUCGACCCGGAGCGCCGCUCGUGCCGGAUAAACCGGCGGAGAGUUUCUACGGGAAAACGGAUCAGGUCAUCGUGUUCCCGCGCGAAGAUGCUACGGCCGGUGUUACGAAAUACUGCCAAAGCUCGAAUCACCUAGGAAGGUUCAAUGCAGCCUGUUUCACGUUUUAUCUGCCGAACGAGAUGCAGUUUGUCGACGUGACCUCAGCGCAGCUCUGGUUCUACAAGGAGUACGACGAGAACGACUAUCUCAACCAGACCUUCGUACUAUCCGAGCUCGAUCACUGGGACCAAGGUGGCAGCUUCGAAAAGAACACCGUCAUGGCAAUCUUCGAGACCGAUAUUGGAGAGGGUUGGGUAGAAGCGAACGUAGAUUUCAUAGUGAAAAAGUGGGUAAAUCGACGCCGAUUGAAACACACCAUUCAAAUAGUCUGCAACACCUGCUCGGAUAACCGUAACACCGUUCCGGUGUCAGUCAAGAUGACCCUGAAGCCCUUCCUCGUGAUCCAUACAGCACCGUUGCCGCAAAGGAACAGGCCCAAGAGAAAUUCAAACUGUCAGCCCGAUAUGAAAGAAUGCUGCAGAGACGAGCUCUACAUUAACUUUCAAGAUAUCGGCUGGAGCGACUGGAUUCUACAUCCGAGCGGAUAUCACGCGUACUUCUGCCGGGGGUCCUGUUCCUCGGCAGCAUCCUUGACCUUAAGCGGCACGGGUCACAAUAACAUUAUUAUGAAAUGGUUGUCCAACAAAGGCAACGAGGUGCCGCGGAAGAACGAGAUAGUGCCGUGCUGUUCGCCGACGCAACUCGCCCCGAUUCAGCUACUCUACAUCGACACGAACAACACGAUCACACAGAAAACAUUACCGAACAUGGUGGUGGAGGCGUGCGGUUGCAUGUGACGCCAUCAUGAGGACAGAGAGAGAGAGAGAGAGAGAAAGAGAGAGAGAGAGAGAGGGGGGGGGAGGAGAGAGAGAGAGAAAGAGAGGAUGGGCCAGUAACCCCUGACGCGAGUACACCGGACUCUACCGAGCAAACACCCCUUACUUCAUCUAUCCUCGUGCCGACUUCUGCUCGCGCUUAAUCACCGUGAGUCUGAAUUUGCCGGGACUUGCCAUAUCCGUCCGUCUCGCGUGAACACCACGAGGAGAAAUCGGUUGUGUGUAUGAACUGAGCUGGCGAUGAGAGAUUACACAGCAACGAUCAGAGAUAGGAAUAUUUGUGACUGACCACAGUCGCAUUACGCGAGCCCACAUACUCUAUCUUGCAGUGUUGUAUGCAACGGUGCUCUAAUGCAAAGUUACUAUCGACUCCAUCUUCGAUUACCAUCUCCGACGAAGUAUUCCCGUGCUUCCUAUCUUGUUCGUGAAUGUCGAUCGGUCGAUUUGUAUCUCUUUGUGAAAUAUUCUACGACGUAUUAUCUAUUGCGUAUCCAAUUGACUCUUUUGACAACGUGUAAGAUUUUGUCGAAUGUGAUAUCUGUGAGUUGCCGAUAAAAGAGCAUAUGUCGUGAAAUUAUUUGCCUUGCAAUGUGUGUCUGUGUGUGUGUGUGUGUGUGUGUGUGUGUGUGUGUGUUAAUAUUAAUUUCAUAUUAAUUAUAUUAAUGAUCCGUUUUACGUGAAUAAGAAAGUGCCGAAAGAGACAUUGACACGCAUUCACCUCGACAGCAUAAUAGAACGUAAUAGAAUGUAAUAAUAGAAUGUAACACAAAAGUCGUGAGCUCCCGUAACGCGACGACGAUGUGUUCCAAGCCGAAACCUCGAUCUUAGGUUGAAUGCUCGAGCCGUGAGAUUUGAUCCGGACGCUCGCGAUGCCAUGGGAAAUUAAGGAGUACAUUAAGACGAGCCAAACCGAAUGGCGAGCUCGUUACGUAUUUUAGCAUAAGUAUCGACACCCCCGCGUGCCUCUCCGCAUGUUCACCAAGCCGACAGCGAGAGAUCUUUCGAGCAAUUUCGACAACGGCAAUGAACUUUACCGCGUGCACGCACACCCCUUUCGCGUCUGACUAUGUACGGCUGUAUUUCACUGCGAAUCUUCACCGAGAAUAUUCCGACGAACCGUGACGACCCCUAAUCUGAGAGAUCACUCUCAACAACAAUGUGUGAUAUGAUAAUCGUGAGAUAUUAAUUGAUAUAAUUCCAUAAUUGAUUCUACCAUAGACAUUAAAUACCUGAUAACAUCGAAUGAAUUUUUUUAUACAAGAGAUUACGUCCGAGCAAAGCAGCGGCCUUCCACAGCGAAAUAUCCUCAAAUCUUCAAUCUUUCCUCUGAGUUACGAGCAACGAUUAACGUCAACAACGAGUUAUCGUCACGUUUAAGAAUCGUCAAGAGAUAUAUUAUCUGUUGACGAUUAUCAAACCGGCUUAACUGAAUUUAACCAGCGUGACACGCGCGCUCAUAGAAUUUAUUUAUUACUAAGUUAAGAGAUUUAACGUUGUUGCGCCGUUUUCGCGGUUAGCUCGCGGGCACGACUGCAAAGCAAGUAAAUAAAAUGCAAUAGUGAUUAUUCUAGAAGUAAAUACGCGCAAUUACGGUACGAUAGUGUCGAUAAGUAUAUUAUUAAGCGACGCUAAGCCGAUAUACUGCGGCUGACACGUCGAGAUGAACGGCGAGAAGUUUGGCUAUAUGUCGAAAGCUCCCGAA